GCCACGGCCGUCGUGGAGUGGACAGGGAAAGAGGAAGCGCCUGGCGCUGGGUCUGAUUGAGCAACUGGUGAAACUCCGCUCCUCCGCCCCGAGCGUGUCCCCUUGCAAGGGAGGCGAGCGGCGCUCAGGGCUGGGGUCCUUGUGUAUCCCGUUCAAAACGGGCUCUGAUGCUUUUGCCUGGGUCGGGACUGUGAUGAGGCAUGUAUGUCCAGUUGCUGUGCGUGUAGCUUAAAUAUUUGCUUGUUCUUCCCGCUCCGAGAUUCAUUUCAAAUACAUAUCUGCUUCUCUUACAGGAAACUGACCUAAUCCUGGAACCUACCAGUGACAGCAGCCUGCAGGGUCCUUAGAAAGCUUGGCCGGGAGGAGAACACAUGAAAGAAAGAACCACAAGAGGCUUUGUUUUCUGUGAAAAGGUAUUUCUGUACAGUUGCUUCAAUGACAGAGUUACCUGCACCCCUGUCCUACUUCCAGAAUGCACAGAUGUCCGAAGACAACCACCUGAGCAAUACUGUACGUAGCCAGAAUGACAGUAGAGAACGGCAUGAGCAUGGCAACGAGCGGAGGAUGCGGGCCAACCCUGAGCCAGUAUCUAAUGGUCGACCUCAGGGUAACAUACAGCAGGUGGCCGAACAAGACGAAGAAGAAGAUGAGGAGCUGACAUUGAAAUACGGCGCCAAACAUGUGAUCAUGCUCUUUGUGCCUGUGACUCUUUGUAUGGUGGUGGUCGUAGCCACCAUCAAAUCUGUCAGCUUUUAUACCCGGAAGGAUGGGCAGCUAAUCUAUACACCAUUCACAGAAGACACGGAGACUGUAGGUCAGAGAGCGUUGCACUCAAUUCUGAAUGCUGCUAUCAUGAUCAGCGUCAUUGUUGUCAUGACUAUUCUCCUGGUGAUUCUGUAUAAAUACAGGUGCUAUAAGGUCAUCCAUGGCUGGCUAAUUAUUUCAUCUCUGUUGUUGCUGUUCUUUUUCUCAUUCAUUUACUUGGGGGAAGUAUUUAAAACCUAUAAUGUUGCCAUGGACUACAUUACUGUUGCAUUCCUGAUCUGGAACUUCGGUGUGGUGGGAAUGAUUGCCAUCCACUGGAAAGGUCCCCUGCGACUCCAGCAGGCCUAUCUCAUUAUGAUCAGUGCCCUCAUGGCCCUGGUGUUUAUCAAGUACCUCCCAGAGUGGACUGCGUGGCUCAUCCUGGCUGUGAUUUCAGUUUAUGAUUUAGUGGCUGUUUUGUGUCCAAAAGGCCCACUCCGUAUGCUGGUUGAAACAGCUCAGGAGAGAAAUGAAACUCUAUUUCCAGCUCUCAUUUACUCCUCAACAAUGGUGUGGUUGGUGAAUAUGGCAGAAGGAGACCCAGAAGCCCAAAGGAAGGUACCCAAAACCUCCAAUUACAAUGCACAAAGCACAGAAAAUGCACCACAAGACCCUACAAUGGAGAGUGACGAUGGUGGCUUCAGUGAAGAGUGGGAAGCCCAGAGGGAUAACCGCCUUGGGCCUCAUCGCUCUACGGCUGAGUCGAGGACUGCCGUACAGGAACUUUCCAGCAGCAUCCUAGCCAGUGAGGACCCAGAGGAAAGGGGAGUAAAACUUGGGUUAGGAGACUUCAUUUUCUACAGUGUUCUGGUGGGUAAAGCCUCUGCGACGGCCAGCGGAGACUGGAAUACGACCAUAGCCUGUUUUGUAGCCAUAUUAAUUGGUUUGUGCCUUACAUUAUUACUCCUCGCCAUUUUCAAGAAAGCAUUGCCAGCUCUUCCAAUCUCUAUCACCUUUGGGCUUAUUUUCUACUUUGCCACAGAUUAUCUUGUGCAGCCCUUUAUGGACCAACUAGCAUUCCAUCAAUUUUAUAUCUAGCAUAUUUGCAAUUAGGAUCCCAUGGAUUUUUCUCCUUUGACUAUAAUAAAAUCUGGGGAGGACAAAGGCGGUUUUCCUGUGUCCACAUCUAACAAAGUCAAGAUUCCCGGCUGGACUUUUUGUAACUUCCUUCCAAGUCUUCCUGACCACCUGCACUAUUGGACACUGGAAGGAGGAAGGUGUCUACAGAAAACGGUUUUGAAUAUACGUCACAAUGGUGGACUGAGUCCCUUGGUGCAAAAAUUACUAGUUUGAGGGACAAGGACGAGGCCAAGCGAUAGGCCAAGAAGUCACUGUGCAGCCACUGGCAGUUUGAGCCUCGGUCACAGGAGGAUUUUACCAAUUGCGGACUCUCAGGACUGCCAUACCAAGAGGUUAGAUGGAGUGUUUUAAAUCAAACAGGACUCUUCACCGUAAACUACAUGUUGAAAAUCAACCUAAUAAAUCUGUAUUGAAUUCUGAACCUUUUCCAGAGGUACUGUGAGGAGAGCAGGCACUGGAGGCAAAAGGGAAAGAUGAAAAGGGGCUCAAAUUUUCACUUUCAGACUUUUUUGCUGCAGACUUUUUUUUUUUUUUUUUUUUUAACCUUGAGUCAAGUCAGAUGAGUAGGCUGAUUUUGACAACUUUUGUUCUCAAGCACUGAAAUGCAUUACCAUACAGUUGCCAUUUCUCCCCAAGGCCAGUCUGAACUGAAGUCUUUUUUAUCUUAAAAGUCUUAACCUCAAGUUCCAGAAUCAGUAAUUUCUGGAAAUAAUGGCACUGUUACUCAAUGAUUCCUUAUCACUCUUUAGGUAAAUUCUGGUUUUCCACCAAAUUUUUAGACAUAGCUACAGGUUCAUUGACCCCCAGGUGCCGCCUCUGUUCCCUUUCUCCUACUCUACUCCCACUGUCAGCAGUUUUUCAUUUCUUUUCUACAGCAAAUAAGACUGCUCUGUUGUGGUAACAGAUGAUUCAGUUAUUGUAGGAUUUUACUCUUUGUGGUACAAAGAAUGUGUUAUGAAUCAGUCAGCCUCGCUGUCAUAGUUUCUUCAAUAGCAAAUACAAUAUGUGCCCAAAGACAGAAAUUAAAGAAGAGCACAGUGACUGCUGAAGCACUUUCUGUCCUUGUUUUUCUUAUUCUGUUAUAACCCAUUGUCUCGACAUUGGGUCAAAAUUUGAGCCAAUAGCCGUCAGCUGGUAGAUUGUAAAGUUUAUGUUCUGUCAAGUAUAUAGCAAGAGUUUGGAGAAAGCCAUUAUUUCACCUGGUAGGCUAUGGGAGAGUCGAGUCAGGAGGAGAAGCAGCUGCCAAGAGAGGAAAAGAAGGGCCCGUCCACGGGACAAAAUGAGCUAAUGUCCCAUGGCAGAGAUUAAGUUGGGGAGAUGCAGGUUACUACUCAAGAAUCUCACAGUGGGCGUUGCCCUUACCUAUACCUUUGUCUCGGUGCACCUGCGUGUGAACUGGGCAUUGACGCUCGGCCCUGUGUCGUUCCCUUGGGCAGUGCACAAAAGCAGCACCUUCAGCCUGUGAGCACGGGCACCGCUAAGGAAGCCUUGUAGGCGCCACCCUCUUACCACAGAGAGCCGACAGCCCCGGGGAGCAGACUAAGCCCGUAUGGAAAUUGGUUUCUUCCUGAGGCUGAAGAAAAGUCAGCCUUUCCUCUCUUUCAUAUUGCUUCUCUCAGUCUGUCAUGUGAUCUUGUUUGGGGUUCACCCAGGAGUUUAGAGUAUUUGUUUUCUGUUGGGGAAUUUCUUAGAAGAAAUAACUUUAGCUGUAGUCUGCUGGUACUAACCUGAGCAUGAGUAAAAACUGGUUCAUACUAGUACUUGGCAGCUGAAACCUUCAGGAAAACUUAAGAACUAUGCAAAGAAAGAGUGGGUCUUAGAGUUGUAGCUUCUCCAAUCCCCACUCUUUUUUUUAUUUAGCCCCUCUACUCCUCCCCACCAAGAUCCUCUCUUUUUUGACCUCUCAUAGAUGUGAAGUGGAUUUUCUAAAAAGAUACAAUUCAACAGCUACAGCAAAGCCAUCUAAACACCAUUUUGUGAUUUGAAGCAGUCUUGGAGCCCUGACCUAGAGCCAAUCAUUUGUGCAAGUGUCUGUCACGUCCUCAUCUCAGAGGAGGAUGCGUGGUGUGAAAGGGUGUCUCAGUGCAUCUUGCGUGUGACUGGCCUAUCUCAGCAUAGGGGAACACAUCUCCUGUCUCUGAAUCACCGAUCUCAGACAUAGAACUUUUCCUUCAAACAUUCUUUUUAGAAUCAAUUCAGUAGUCUCUGAAAUAUCAAAAAGCUAGUCUUCCACCAUGAAAUAGAUUGUCACCAAAGAUGUUCACAUUUCCAUAGAGUGUGUGCUGCCCUCACACAGGAGCGAGGGGGUGGGCUGUGGAGCCUGGCCAAACCAAAGCCAAUCUGUUUAACGUGGCAAAGGGAGUUGGGCUGCCUUUCCUGUUUCUGAUUCCCACUAGGUGAUGACCAUGUGUGGCCCUUGUUCCCAGCUCCCACUGUAAAUGAUUAAAUAUCUUGAUCAGGAUAAGAUAGCCUUCUAAGCAACUUGGAACAAAACAAUUGUAAGUAAGCAUUUUAUUGAUUUCACUACAGAAACAACUAAAAAGAUGGUGUUUUUACUUUCGCACUCCUGGGCCUUCAUAUUUUAAAGUGUCCCUCUGGUUUCAAAAAUCCUUACAUAACAGCUGCCCAAUAAGUUUUUUUAUAUAUAUAUUUAUAUAUAUAAAUUUUAAAGAUUUAUUUAUGCAUGCAAGAGCUGGGGUACAGGCCAGAGGUGUGGGGGGUGAGAGGAUCCACCAGAGGCAGAGUGGAGAACAGAACAGACAGAUUUACUGAAAUACACUGGUGAGGGGAGCAGCGGGUGAGUCAGGAGAGGUCUGCUGUGCCAUGUGGGUUGCUCUCUGGCCAGCCGGGGGAUCAAACUCAUGCUGCAGUGGCUUCAUAGGUUGUGUCCUAACCCCUUGUGCCACCAGGGAGGCCCCCCCCAAUAAGUAAUAUAUUUAGUAUUUGUCUUCAAACAACUUUGUAUAUGUAGCCUUGAUGGUAAUUUCACAGAGAGCUAUCUUCCAGGGUCAGAGGUCACAGGGAAACCUUGAGUGUCCAGCCCCCCAUGUGCCCAACCUUUUUUUUAAUUAAAGAUUUAUUUGUAUUUAUGCGAACAAGAACUGGAGUAUAGGCCAGAGGAGCAGGGGUUGAGAGGAUUCACCAGAGAUAGAGUGGGGAGAGGAACAGGUGGAUCUAUUGAAAUACACUCUGAUGGGAGCAGCAGGUGAGACAGGAGAGGGCUGCCCGCUCCCCCACCCCAUAUGGGUUAGCUCCCUGGUUGGGGGUCGAACUCAUGCUGCAGUGGAUGGUGAAAGCUUGAUAGUGCUGAGACUUUAACCUCUGUGCCACCAGGGAGGCCCCCCAGUGCCCAACUUUGCAAAUUCAGCCUUUCAUGAUCUAAACCUGGAUGACCGUGAGCUUAGAAACCACUAUGAUGAGAUUUAAUGUCUUCCACGUUCCUGGCAUGGUGCUCAAGUCUAAUGCUGCAAAGGUGAAUAAGAUUGCAGCUAGAAUUUCUUGUUUCUGGAAUCUACCAUCUGACGUCUGUAAUAUGUAGGGUACUUGUCAAACGCCCUUUUCAGGAUUACCACUAUUGAGGGCUUAUAAAAUUGUUAUUAUAAAGGUGACCUGAUUCCUCUAGAAACCGACCCUUUGAUUAAAGUACUCCGUUCUCUCUACAUUUGCUUUUGGAUUUUCUACAAAGAGCAGUCUGACCUGUCCUUCUCCUCACCUCCGAGGGUAUCCUGAGCACCAAGGUAGGACAGUGACUUAGAAAUUGAACAUUUGGUUUUGCCCUGAGAUGAAACAAUAUAUCAUGACUGUGAGCCCAGAAGUGAUUUUUGUGAUCUCCUCUCUAAAUUUCCCAAACACAGGAGAUAAAAAACAAUGGUGUCAAGUCUUCAGAACCCUUACUGAAACUGCCAAGCUAAGUGUAACCAAGACUGUCAGAUCCGCUUCCCAAAUACCUGGAUGAUAGCAUCUGAACAGUCUUUUCCUCUGGUAGGAAAAAUACCUAAUAUUUGUGUAUUAAAAGCAGCCUGGUGCUGAAAUGAACCCCUUUCUGCAAAGUGUUAAUGCUGUUUUCUGGGCCUCUGGCAGCUGCACCAUUGCCCUGAGGAGGUAGUUGGGUCCAUCCUGGACCCUGGAGUAAGGAAUGUGCUGUUAACCUAAUGUGUGUGCCAGGAAGGAUUUCCCAGGAUGCAAUUUUCCUUUGAAAAUAAUUGUUGCAACAGGGCAGCUUCGAAGACUGUGUAGAGUAGGAUUGUCUUGUUUACUGUUGAUUGGAGGUGCUGGGGCUGAUUUCAGCGGAUCAUUUAUUCUCACGUAUCCAUUGUCUGGCUUUUGCUUCUGCAGACACAUCUUUGUACAUGAUUCAGACAGACUGUGAAUACAUCUUUUUUAAAUAUCUUUCAAAUUCUCGGUAAGAUAUAAUUUUGAUAGAUGACUGCAGAUCUUCCUGUAUUUGUCCAAUUAAUAAAGACUGCAUGAAUCCAGCUGGGCUAGUUUUCUUACAUGGAAGUCUUAUACUGUGUGACUGUGGUUGGCAGUUAUCAGGGAACAAUUUUGGAAACACAAAAGCAUUUUUUCCUUCACGCGUGAUAAAGUGGUACUGAUUACAGCAGGCCACACCCCUGAAAGGUGCUAUAUUUCAUCUAUGAGAAGUUUCAAAACAACCAUUGUUAAUAGUUAGUUUCUGAAAAGUCUUUCUAGAGAAUAUUUAACUCAAAGACCCAAAACAACUUAGAGGAUUUUGUAGUUGCAAUACAGCAUGGAUAUUUCAUAGAGGAUCAACUUAAAAUUACAUAGGUCAUGUGACGAAAAAGCAGCUUUACUUUAACCUGGUAGAGCAUAGAUUUUCUCUAUCCGUCCUAAAGCUGCAGAACCUUUUCUUUCUGAACAGUGAAUAACACACAAGGUUGGGACUGAGUGAUCAGAAACAUGUUUGGCAGAAAGACCAGAGUUGACCAUUGUUCAGAAGGAGCCUGUAAGAGCUGACUGUGUGCCUGACCACGUCUGCGCCAGGCCUCUGAAAGCAGGGACUGUGUUCAUGCCUUCCUGUGGGAAUCAGAUGCAUUGUUUGUCUUUAUGAAGCGUGUCAACAGUGCCACCAGAGUCUGCUCCAGUAGCAUCAGCCAGGAUGCUCGGGGCCCAGACAAUGAUGCUGCUGUGGAGGAUGAGUAUGAUCCUUUAGGAGGGUUGAGAAGAGUAAUGAGGGUGAAUUUCCUGUAUCAGCAGGUAACUGCCAUGGUUUUCUGUAACCCAAGUAUUCUCUCUGGUACUCAUGUGCGCUGAGACUGCCCACCAGUGGCUUAGGAUCUGUUUAAAUGUGGGAUGCCGGCACACUUGAGUAUAAGUAAGCACCACGGUCACUUGCUCCAUCAUUUGAAUGGGAACACAGAAUAAAGGAAGGUUCACAAAAGACAGGGUUUAAAAUCUGAGUUUGCCCCACACAAAGUUUUUAAGUCAUGUUUGGAAAAAAGGAAGAUUCUGAAUUGGCAAAAAAGAUAACAUUAAAAACCAAGAAGGACAGAGAUGGGAAUACCCAAGGAUAAUUAGUUCUUGAAUUAAGGUAGUGAAUUACCUAGAGAAAAACUCAAUUUGCAAAUCAAAUCUGCUUCCAUAUUUAAUCAGAAUAUAUCUCUAUUAAAUAUAGAAACCACGGGGGGCGAUGAGCUAACCUACCUCAGGGGCCUUUCAUCAGUCUCCUACGCUUAAUGAAGGUUGACUUAGGGCUUCCCCAGUGGC